GAACCUCGAGUGGGCUGUGUUUUACGAUUGCGAAAACCAACAACCAAAUUCCGUUGACCAGGUGCACGACCACAUCCGAUCUCUCGGUGGGCGAAUUUUACUGCAGAGGGCGUAUGGGGACUUUCACACGCACGGAAUGCUUUCCUGGCGGGUGGCUUGCGAACGGUCGGGCGUUGCCCUGGUGCAGAAAUCGCCCUUCAACAGCCGAGCCAAAAACGCGGCUGACAUGGCCCUGGCCAUCGACGCCACUGAACUUCCGUUUACGCACCCAAGCAUUCAGGCUUUUGCUAUCGUCACCGCGGACGGCGACUUUCUUCCGCUUACCUGCCGCCUGCGAGAACACGGUCGCAUCGUCCACGUCUGUGCCGCAGGGAAUGCCAGUAAAGAACUGCAGAACCGGGGCUGCGAUUAUUUUCUCCCGCUGCGACGCUCGAAUAGCCCUCCGGCGGGCGCGUCAGUGAAAAGCCAGACAAACGCGAGCACGGUCGCUGCCGCCCUCGCGGGUGGCAACUUUCCAGCAGCUUGGCAGAAAGGUCUGGGAAUAGCAGAUAGUGCCGCAGUUGUGGCCGGCAGUAUGAAAAGACGGGCCGAAAACGAAGGCGCUGAAGGCUACAGGAGUAAUCUGCUUCGUCCGGGCAGCUACGGUCUGCACACAAAAGAGCGAAACGAUGACAAGUCAGCCGCGGCUGGUAGCAGCUCAAGUUCUGGCAGCGGCAGUACGUCAUCGUCGCGCGACAAUAAUCAGGCGACCACUUCUGACCACCCAGAGGCGAAACGGAGACGCACGGGGGCCACGCAUCACGCUUCUGCGGUAGCCAGUGCAUCUGAUCAUGAGCCUACUUCGCCAUCGUCCGUGCGGAGCAACACAAGUUGCAGCCUGAGUGAAGAUUCGGAUGAUUCCAGUUUCAACAACUUUCACCAGGAGCAGGGACCACCACGAGCACAUUUUAAUAACCCCGGCCUUGCUACAAGUACAACUUCAACUUCUCGUCCGUCAAUGGCAUUAGAAGUGCUUCUCCUUGAAGUCCUGCCGGUGUCGGGGCAGUGGCUCAAUUGGCCGAACGUAGUAGGUGUAUUGCGGAAAAAAGUAAAACUCCACAUCCACUACGUAUGUGAUGGCAACAAACUGUGUCUGGGUCUGCGUCUGCGUCUGGAAAUUUUUAAUGAUAAUGCCAACCUGCUUCGCUCACGCUCCAUGACAUAUGAACUUCCGGACCUAGUCUAGCAUGACAGAUUUUCCUGAAUUCUAGCACGAGAUGCAAUCGCGCUUUUGCCUGAUAGACUGCUGGUUCUCCAGCUUGAUCUUCAUCUGCUUCAUGCAUGGCAGAUACAUUCCUCAUUCAAAAUGCGCCGCACCAAAACAGAUUUAUUGCACUCUUCCAGCAGGAGGCCCUCCACACUUAUUUGCUCUCAAUACUAAACGGCUUUUCACAACCUCCUCCGGCAGCAUGGCAUUGCUGAUCCGUCUCGUAACGCAAUCACGACAGAGGAAAAAGGCAAGCAGAACGCCGACGCUUGGAAGAACCUUCUCGAAAACGCCAAGCCGCGAGGAAUGAAAAUCGAGUUCGAGGAGGUGCUGGCUUCCGGUCGUCCCGGCAGGAGAGUCGCACACGUCCGGCGGGUGGAGUGGACCUGGCCUGGCGAGCGGCACGACGAACUGCAGCAACGUCUUGCAGGUGCUGACAGUAGUAGUAGCAGCCCGCCAGUUCGUCCAGUCUUGCCACAAGCAGUUUCUUCUGAAUCUAUCUCGAAUCAUCAUCUCACCUCGUCCCUCGGCAGUGUCUACA